CUAGUACACCUACCAUCAAGUCAAAACCUGCUCCACGACAAAGUGUUGCUGUUCUUGCCAACAAGCGGUCCACUGCUGCGAGUCGAGCUGCACACGAAUCCUCUAGUACGUCGCGGUCGCCCUCUAGAGAUAUCACUCCACCAGCUUCUAGGAUGAAGAGCAGAACUACAACCGCACCAGCUCCGUCCUCUAGAAUGACGACUAGGAGUACGACUACAACUACAACUGGCGUAACUUCUUCUGCUGCAAAUAAACAAGGCUCAAGAACUACAUCAGUUGGGACAUCAGCUGGACCUACAGGAUCCCCGCCCACUCGUUCCACAACGACUCGCCCCAUUGAGGUACAUAGGUUCAACACGAGUACUUCUAAUAGUACUUUUACUAGUAAUAGAGCCACGACGACGAGCGCGGCCGCGGUUGGAGGAGGGAACAAGAGCAAUAAAGUAAAUAAAUCUUCAUCCCCUACAACAUCAACAAGCCCUACUAGUCGUGCAACAGCACGUUCAUCCCCUACAACAAGCCCUAGUCGUGCAACACGUGUGACCCGAUCAACGACGCCACAAGAACGUCGUACAGCGGCUGCCAAUUCGCGAACUUCUACAGCAGCUUCAGGUCCAACUAGUAAGAAAAAACUUCCUAACCACGUUCCGCAUCGUCCUGUGCGAGUGAGGGAUGGGGGAAGCGCAUCUUCAACUACCUCCAAAUAUAUCGCUGAGCAAGAUGAAGACUACAUGCGCGAUCAUGUUGAACAAGAAGAUGAAGCAGUCGAUGAGAAGGUGUUCGAUGAAGCACUAGUCGAUGACGAGGCUGAGGAUAUCAUCAAAGAGCCUGAAGAAGUAGUAGAAGUUCUUGCACAUCAGGCUGCAGAUGUACUAGAAGAAGAAGCUGCAGCACCUGAUGUAGAUGAAGAUGAAAAUGUUGAAAAUGCUGUUGAAAAGGAGAAGCCUCCUCGACGCCUUUCUCAAAGUGAAACAACACCUACAUCAGCAUCAAAUGCUACUCGUACUAUUGCUCUCGGUAAUAGUGCUGGACCUGAGGGUGAAGCGCCUGGCUUCGGAGUACCGCCUGUUGCAUCUAGAGAUGACUCUUCAGCCUCUUGGUCUGAUGAUUCUGAAGACGAGCACGAGGCUGCUGAAGAUGGUCGCGACGAAAGUCAAAAGAAACAAGAUCUUCAUCACGGAGAGCUGGCUGACCGUCCUGCUGCACCAGCCUCUUGGUCUGAUGAUUCUGAAGACGAGCACGAGGCUGCUGACGAUCAUGGUCGUGACGAAAGUCAAAAGAAACAAGAUCUUCAUCACGGAGAGCUGGCUGACCGUCCUGCUGCUGUUGAUGAAGACCUCCUUCAGGCUAAGGAGAGUAAGAACACCAAGGUUAAGAACACCAAGGUGGGUCGUGAGUGGUCUACUGAGCCAUCGUCUUCCUCAAGAAGAAGAGCACCUACAACAACGUCAACAUCUGCAGUUAAAAGUGGCCCUCCUUCUGAGUCAGCAGCUUCUCCAGCUUCUCCUGCUUCCUCGAAUAGAAAGCGCAAUAGCAUUUUUACCAAGAAUGCAGGUCUUUCGCCAUCUCCUGUUCUCCUGGAGUUGUCUCCAUCUAGUCCAGGAGCCCCACUAGUAGAACAAAACGACCAACAGCAAGAAGUAGAACAAAAAGAACAUCUUCAAAACGACCAACAGCAAGUAGAACAAAACGAGGACCGUCCACGUGGACGCGGAAGCAAUAAUGCAACAGUCGUCGUCAGAUCUGUUGGCCCGAUUGUAGAAGUGAAAGCAACACUCGGAGAAGAUGGCGAUGAAGAUGACGCUCCGGAACAAGGACCUUCUUCACAAAACUCAAGAGAGCAAGACGAUAUGGAGGAUGUGGACGAUGACGCGCCGCCACGAGGACGCUGCGCUUCUGAUAAUACCAUUCGGCUUGCCCCAGAGGACGAGGAAGAACAUUUCAAAGAGUGAACGUCGAACGGUAGGAACAUACUCGCAUAAUAAUGUUGGUACAACUGGACAUACUGAUAAUAAUAUGUACAUCGAGCGGUAGGAAUACAGCAAAAUGUUGGUACAUGACCUACUGAUAUGAACAUCGAACGGUAGGAAUACAGCAAAAUGUUGGUACAUGACCUACUGAUAUGAACAUCGAACGGUAAGAGCACAGAAUAAUGGUACAUGACAUGAACUGAUA